CUAGCUAUUAAUGGUACGGCAAUUAGAGAUGCUACGGCUCAAUUCUACUACGUCUACCUGAACCUUGAUUCGUCUCUCUCUUAUAGGAAGCAUACUCAAUCGUGGAACUACCAAACGAUCCUGGAUCAGCUUUUACGUGUGUACGAUAAUCCAAAUAAGCAAUCGGAAGCUGAGGACAAGCUCCAUGUGCUUCGCCAAGGCAAUAACUCUUUGCCGGCCUAUAUUGCCAAGUUUGAACGCACCCUGUACGAAGCGAAUGGCCAAAGCUAGCCAGAUAUUAAUAAAAUUUCCAGCUUUUGCAAUGGCCUCAAUUCUGCGAUCUGCUCUCGUUUGGCACAGCAACUUACCCUCCCGCGAACGUAUAGUAAUUUCCUGCGAACGGCCCAGUAGCUCUCGUCAAAAACAGCUGCUCCGCCGUAUGUUACUGCUCCCAGAAUUGC